ACUGCACCCAGGCUCUUCUGUCAUUGAAUAAAAUGUUGUUUCUCAGCUAGGGAGUGCUGCCACAGUGACAAGGGGAACCUGAGCAGAAGCGGGAGGGAAGCAGGCACUUCCCCAGGGUGUGUUGGACUGCACCCGGAGCUGGCAAGGCCGGGUUUCCCAGGUCAUGCGUGAUCAAGUCCAUCCGUUCAGGCUUUAAAAAAAAACCCACUACCACGUCCCAACAAGGGAAAACAAACUAACUGUGGCUUCGCUCCUGCAUGCUUUAAUAACCAGGUUUGGCCUGGGCUAAUUAAACCAUAACUGCAGUAGCACAGCAUAGGAUGAUGUCUGCUCAGCUGAACCAAACCAUGAUGUGCUCUGGGCUUUGGGUUCCCCCCACCCCCCCCAAUAAAGGAUGUGCUAAGUGGAGUUUGUGUCCAUCACUGGGAUGGCUCCCAUAAUGCUGCUUUUGCAGGUACGAUGGCUCGCGUCUUCGUCUACGGCACGCUUAAGAAGGGCCAGCCCAACUACAAGCACAUGAUCAACACGGCCAAGGGGCUAGCGAAAUUCCAAGGAAGGGGCCGCACGGUGGAGAAGUACCCGCUGGUGAUUGCAGGAAAAUACAACAUCCCUUACAUGCUGAACAUCCCGGGAACGGGACACCACGUUGCCGGGGAGAUUUACUCGGUUGACGACCAGAUGCUGCAGUUCCUGGAUGAGUUUGAAGGCUGCCCAGACAUGUACCAGCGCACCCUGAUGCGAAUCGAGGUGGUGGAGUGGGAAGGGAAGGGCGGCGCGGGCGAGGGGCGGGCAGCUGCCGAGGGCGUCGUGGAGUGCUUUGUGUACAGCACGAUGACGUACCCGCCCGAGUGGGUCGGCCUCCCCUACCAUGACAGUUACGACUCCUCGGGGAAACACGGCCUCUCCUACGUCCUACGCGAAAGCCGGGAUUAGAAAACGGGAGAUAACGCGGAAGACCUAGUACUAAGCACGUGUCGAUAGGUGACCUUUCCAGGAAAGCUGUAAUACCUUGCUAUUAAAACACAGGAUCUCUUGUAACCUUCCCAACCCGGGAGCCUUGGCGCUAGUGUUGGAAGUCUAGUAGGCCCAGAGGUGGGGACUCCUCCCCAGCUAGUCAGCGUCCUCCUCGCCCCCGCUAACCUGCUGCGUAACUGGGUUGGCACGAGGCAUAAAAUAACCAUGCGCAUCGGUUUGGGGGGGUCUGAUUAUUUUCUCCAUUCCCCUCUUUGCCUCAGUGCAUGACUCCGGUCAGUGAAAGGCAGACGAACAGACUAAUUUUCUUUCUUACCUGAAUUGACAAAUUUUCUUGUGUAGUUCUCCAAGGUGGGUGGAAUAAUGAUGAUACUAUUGCACUAAUAGCUGAAACUGAUUUAAAAAAAAAAA